UAAUUUAUUAUUUUGGGUGUAGUGGUAUAUUCUGCUAACUUUGGUGCAGGCAGCGUGGGUUCAGUUCCAACUCAAAUGACGGUGUCGAUAUGUGCCCUGCGACUGACUGGCGACCAGUACAGGGUGUAGUCCGCGUUUCGCCCGAAGUAGGCCGGGAUAGGCUCCGGCACUCCCGGGAACAUUCUGAAGAUAAGUGGCUCGGAAAACGGAUGGAUUGUGAUAUUUUAUUUUCAUCACUAUAAAAUUAACACUAGAUACGCUAACGUGCUAUGUGGCGGCCAUGUUUGAAAGGUCGAUAAUACACGAACCCUGAAAUUAAAUCGUAAAUUGCUCAUUUUUCUUAACCGAUUGUCAUGAGGUGUACUGUUUCGUCAACGGCAAAGCGUAUUAUAUCAAUACAUGGCAUUUCUACCAAUACAUAUUUCUGGUGUUGCCCAAUGGUAUCGCCCGUAAAAAAAAAAAACUACACUUCUGCGCUGUUGCGGACGUCGUCCAAUAAGAAAAUAAAUUUUUGGUGUGAGGCGGAGCUUCACAAGUUUUAUCCAGAAACAACAAAGUGAAGAAUUGGCAAGAAACUGGCACCACAACGGUUUGACCAGAAGCAAUGCCCUGUGGUGCUUUGCUACCACGCAGCCAGGUGUCAGCGUUGUGUGAUCACGUGCUGCCCUCCUCACCUCCUGAUUGGCUGCCAGUUUUUCGGCAAAACCCACGGAAUGUUGGACAGGAGUGUCACACCGAGGAAAGUUCAAAGACUCAACCUCAGGUAUUUCUCACCCUGUUGAGAAGAAGACGUAUUGGACGAGAGAUGCCAGGAUGGGCCCGCCAGCCUCUUGGGAACCUGAGGGCUCCUGGAGAGAGCCAGAGAUACCCCGCAUCCAGGAGGGCGACCGUCCCCGGGAAAUCAUGCAGAAUUUGCUCUUGCAGGACCAUGGGAGCCUCCAAUGACAAGGUUUCUUCUCCCUGGACGCUGCUCGUCCUGCUGCUUUGUGUCGUCUGCGCUCUCUGCCAGGAAGAAUAUUCCGGAUACCACUCGGGUGAGGAUCAAACCUUCGAGGGCUCCAUCCUGGACCGCUAUGACCACUUGAGGCCCCACCAGCCAGAAUCUUCUCAUGGCUACGAUGAGGACCAGAAUCCCGAGGAGGACGACUACGACCCCUACGAGGCCGCCCCCACACAGGUUACCAUGAUCACAGAGGACGCAUUCCCCUACAUCACCACCACCGAGUCGCACUACGCUAAGGAGGACAAACUGGGUCGGAGGAAGGUCCCGUUCAACCAAGGUCCUGACAGCGGGUCCUCAGAGGAGUCUGGUGGCAACGCAGCCCUGGGCGAGGAGGGUCCCACCGAGUGCGACUGUGAACCCGGAGAGCCGGGAUUCGCCGGCUUUGCUGGACCCAAGGGUUUGAGAGGCCUGCAGGGUAAAACCGGAGCACCGGGACAUCAAGGCAGAGAGGGUUAUAAAGGAACAAAAGGAGUAGCGGGACGCAGAGGAGACGCCGGCCCAGUGGGUGAUCCCGGACCCGAAGGUGAAGACGGAGGUUCAGGUUUCUUCGGUGCCAUGGGAGAACCAGGACAUAUCGGAGACCGGGGUGUGGUUGGAGAGCCGGGUCUGAAGGGUGAAGCAGGCAUGGGGGGACCGCGAGGAGGGGUCGGAAGGCCUGGUAACACUGGUUCUCGCGGUGAUCCUGGCACCACUGGAUUAGGAGGAGGUAAAGGUCCGAAGGGGUCUGUGGGCGAAGAGGGCAAAAUGGGAGUUCAAGGACCAGAUGGAUACAAGGGUCAAACUGGAGCGCCCGGAUUCCCAGGAGACAUCGGCGACAGGGGCUACAAUGGUUAUCCUGGCCAGACCGGAGGCCAUGGCCCGGUUGGACCAAAGGGCACCAAAGGUCUCAGCGGCAUUCCAGGCAGUGAUGGCGACCCCGGAGAAGAUGGUCCCAUAGGUGUCCCAGGAUUGAUGGGAGAUCCAGGCUCCUUCGGUGCUAAGGGCAGCAAAGGCGACCGUGGCGCGAGAGGACCUCGAGGCCGAGUGGGCUCCGUGGGUCUUAGCGGAGAGCAAGGAGACGCUGGGAUCCCAGGAAAGCCAGGACCAAAUGGCCUACCGGGACCCAUUGGGCCCAAAGGUGAGACCGGACCCGACGGCGACACGGGUGCAAAGGGGAGGACAGGUGUAAAGGGUCAAAAAGGACAGAAGGGUGCGAUUGGCGACCGUGGAGACAAAGGACAGCGUGGUCCAAAAGGUGGAUUGGGUCAACCAGGCAAUUCCGGCCCCGAGGGUGCUCCCGGUGUGCCGGGGACCCGAGGAGGUCGCGGUCUCCUCGGAGACCCUGGCGUCAGAGGCCAAGCUGGACCGAGAGGCUUGCAGGGGCCCAUCGGUCCCGGCCUGUCGGACGAGCAGGUGCUGCAGCUGUGCCGCGGCGUGGUCACGGCUCAGAUCUCGCAGUACGCAGCCUCCAUCCGGUCCAAGUGCUCGCAGGGCUGCCCCAUCAACAACCGGAUGCUCAUCGGACCGCCUGGAGCCAAAGGACCCGCUGGACCAGCCGGCAAAACCGGAAAAGCAGGCAAAGCUGGAGCCAAGGGAGCCCGCGGAGUUCAAGGAGACCGAGGCCUGGAGGGAGAGAAAGGAGCGCAGGGUGAACAAGGCAAAAAGGGUCCUAAAGGAGUUGCAGGCGAUCCAGGGAAAGGCUUCCCGGGACUUGAUGGACCCCAAGGGGUUCCAGGUUUUCCAGGCGAGCCCGGCGUAGCCAGAAACGGCAUGGAGGGUCCACGCGGCCCCCGCGGGUUCCCGGGUCCCCUGGGAAUCAACGGAAUGGUGGGAAUAUCCGGUAUUCCGGGUUUCUGCGAGGCUCGGGACUGCAGCAUCCACGCGCCGGUGAUGCGCAAAGAGCAGGGUCUUGUUAAGGGACCCCUCAGUUCCUAAUCUUGAAAAAUAACAGAGUGGGGAGAGUCACUUCGCCGUCAUCAUAUUGCAUUAUUUAAGCUUGAAUCUGAUGUAAAUGUCAGUGGGCCGAGUACAGUCCCGAGGGGGGUAUUCAGCUCCAGGAACAGUCUGCUUAGCAUCCGUUUUGUUGGUUGGGUCAUUUUUAUCUUUCAUACAAUCCAUUUUUUUUUUUUUUUUUUAUUCCUGAUGUGUAAAAAGCAAGUUAGCAAAAAGGGUAUCGGGAAAUUAUUCACAGGGCUUCACUUUUUGCACACUGUUGUCAUUACUGCGUUAUUCCAUAAUGGAAUACUUUUUCUUUGUUGUCUACCCACAAAACCACAUUUAAUAUUCAUACUCAAUUUCUGUUGGUGUACCUUUGGUAGAAAUUACAGUUUAAAGUUGUUUUUUUUUUAUAUGUCUCAAGCUUGACACCUAUUUUUGGAUAAUUUGGCCUUUCAAUCAUAAACAUAUUAAGAAGUAAAAAAAAGAAAAAAGUUGACGCAUUGUGAAUAUUUUCCAGAUGCUUGGUAAGUAAAUGAAGGAUGGCGUGUAAAUAUGAUGUAAAGUAUUUCAAAUACAUGAACUGUGCUCUGAAGUGUUUCAGAUAAACUGCCUGACGUUCUGUUUUUUUUAUCUGCGUCGUCCUCGCGUCGUUGUCACACAGUGAAUAUUUUAUAUUAUUUCAUUUUUGGGACGCAAAUUCUGAGGCAACAGGGUUCAAAUACUCCAUUAAGUGUGAAGUUUAUUAAUAAUCUUAUGAGCUUUCGUAGAGUGCUUACCCAUUGUUAUUUAAAACAUUUUUUAAAUAAAAAC